GGGACCAGCUUCUAGUAACCAUCCAGAAAACCUUCAAUUACAGCAGGAGUCAAGCUCAUCAGCUGUUUAUCAUUCUGAUGGAAUGCAUGAAAAAAAGGAACUUAUCACUGUGUUCCGUAUGGGGUCUGAAGGGCAACAUGACAUUGAGAUGUCUAUCCUAACUGCUCUCCUCAAAGGUACCAAUGCAUCUGCUCCAGACCAGCUCAGCUUGGCUUUAGCCUGGAAUCGUGUAGACAUUGCACGCAGCCAAAUCUUUGUCUUUGGACACCACUGGCCACCUUUAGGAAGCCUUACAGCUAGUGAUGGUACAGCCCCUGAGAAGGAAAAGAAAUCUCCAGCAGUUCAGACUAAAGCAGCCAGAGCAAAAGGAAAGGGGAAGAAAAAAGGAGGAAAAGUAAAAGAAGAGCCUGAAGAAGAAACAGAUCCAAGAAAGCUUGAACUCCUGAACUGGGUGAAUUCGCUGGAGCAGGCUAUGCUGGAUGCACUGGUUCUGGAUCGAGUGGACUUUGUUAAGCUACUCAUUGAGAAUGGAGUUAACAUGCAACAUUUCCUCACUAUUCCUCGACUGGAAGAACUUUAUAAUACUAGAUUGGGUCCUCCAAAUACACUGCAUUUGCUAGUUAGAGAUGUGAAAAAGGGAAAUCUUCCACCAGAUUAUCAUAUCAGCCUAAUAGAUAUUGGUCUUGUGCUUGAAUAUCUCAUGGGUGGAGCUUAUCGCUGCAAUUAUACUAGAAAAAGUUUUCGGACUCUUUAUAAUAAUUUAUUUGGACCAAAGAGGCCAAAAGCUCUUAAACUACUAGGGAUGGAGGAUGAUGAGCCUCCUACAAAAGGAAAGAAGAAGAAGAAGAAAAAGGAGGAAGAGAUUGAUAUUGAUGUGGACGACCCAGAAGUGAGCCGCUUUCAGUAUCCAUUUCAUGAACUGAUGUUAUGGGCCGUGCUGAUGAAAAGGCAAAAGAUGGCACUCUUCCUUUGGCAAAGAGGGGAGGAAACUAUGGCCAAAGCACUUGUUGCUUGUAAGCUGUACAAAUCCAUGGCACAUGAGUCUUCUGAAAGUGAACUGGUGGAUGACAUCUCUCAGGAUCUGGACAACAACUCAAAAGAUUUUGGCCAGCUGGCUGUUGAACUCUUGGAUCAGUCCUACAAACACGAUGAGCAGAUUGCCAUGAAACUACUCACCUACGAACUAAAAAACUGGAGUAAUUCUACCUGCCUGAAGCUGGCUGUGGCAGCUAAACACAGGGACUUCAUUGCUCACACGUGCAGUCAGAUGCUCUUAACAGAUAUGUGGAUGGGGCGACUACGUAUGCGGAAAAACCCAGGCCUUAAGGUUAUAAUGGGGAUUCUCUUCCCUCCAACCAUCCUUUUCCUAGAGUUUCGCAGUUAUGAUGAUUAUUCUUACCAGACAUCACGAGAAAAUGAAGAAGGCAAAGAAAAGGAGGAGGAAAAUGUGGAUGCAAACGUGGAUACAGGUUCCCGGAAAGGGGAUGAAGAGAAUGCAAAUAAAAAGCAAAACAGCCUUCCAAUUGGAACAAAGAUCUAUGAAUUCUAUAAUGCUCCUAUUGUCAAAUUUUGGUUCUACACAAUAUCAUACCUGGGUUACUUGAUGCUAUUUAACUAUAUCAUCUUGGUGCGGAUGGAACGGUGGCCAUCUGUCCAGGAAUGGAUUGUCAUCUCCUACAUUGUGACAUUGGCUUUAGAGAAAGUAAGAGAGAUUCUCAUGUCAGAACCUGGAAAGCUGAGUCAAAAAGUGAAAGUUUGGCUCCAGGAAUACUGGAAUAUUACUGAUCUGGUGGCUAUUUCAGUAUUUAUGAUAGGAGCAAUUCUUCGCCUGCAGAACCAGCCUUACAUGGGUUAUGGAAGAGUAAUUUACUGCGUAGAUAUAAUUUUCUGGUACAUUAGAGUACUAGAUAUCUUCGGUGUGAAUAAAUAUCUGGGACCUUACGUCAUGAUGAUUGGAAAGAUGAUGAUUGACAUGCUCUACUUUGUGGUCAUCAUGCUUGUGGUUCUGAUGAGUUUUGGAGUAGCACGCCAAGCAAUCCUGCACCCAGAUGAGGAGCCUUCUUGGAGACUAGCUCGGAACAUCUUCUAUAUGCCCUACUGGAUGAUCUAUGGAGAGGUGUUCGCAGACCAGAUAGACCGUAAGAGUAGAAUUCAUAGUAAGAUUCUGUUUCCUGUUUAUGAGGCAGAUGAUCAGACCCAAAUUAAUGUUUGCGUUUAAUUUGGAAUUAGAGUGUAUUUCUCCAUUUGAGGGUUUUCUUGUGACAGACUCCAGAGACUAAUGAAUUUUUUGUUUCCCACCUGCAUGUUCUGCCUCUAACCAAAAAUUCCAGUUCAAUUAACACUGAGUGUGAUAUAGUCUGGAAUAUUUGCCUAUCUGAGUGGGUAACAAUAUUAAAUGUUCUGUUUUCUUGCAGAGAUGAGCAGAGAUCAUUCUUAAACUUUCUUUUGAAUUAAUAUUUUACUAAGAAACAGUUCCCACCUAAGUUGACAGAAAUGAAUACCUUGCCCAGGAGCCAAAAAUAGAUACAAUAAAUAGAUAACAUAGUUUUUCAUCUCCAGCUGGUAGCACAAGGAAUGAGAGUCUGCAAUUAUAAUAGCAUGGAUACAUGUAUCCACUUUUCCAGAAAUGUUUCAGUUUCAUAAAUUAAUCAUGUUUCUCUGUGGAAGAGGAAGAAAAAAAAAAUUAAAAAAUCAGCUUGAUUAGCUUCAGCUGGAGAAAUAACAUUUUAUGUACAAAAGCUGCACAGUUUAAAAGAAAAGGUCUGUUUUUGAGGAGAUGGACACUGCCACUGUCAUGUUACUGAUAGUUUUGUGUUAGUGUUUGAAAUUUGUACAGUCAGAUAUGCAGCUGGCCUUCUAUAGUGUGCAUUAUGCACUCUGCACUUUAUCUGAAACAAUACAAGCUGCUAUUCCAGCACUGUUUCAAUGAGCUGCUUAUAUUCUGAACAGUGUACACAGGAUAUUCUCUGUGUUCUUUUUAAUGUCCACAUGCUAGUAUGGAUGUGGUUUCACCAAGGUAGAUAGAGGGAACUAAUUACCUCCCUCCACUUGCUGGUAAUGCUUUUUCUAAUGCUGCUUUCAGUCUGAUUCACUCCACUCAGAAGAUGUCCAUGAUUGACAAGUUAGUGUUAUUCAACAGCAACAUAUUCUUAAACAAUAGAGAAGCUGAGCUGAGUGUCUUCGAAUACUGUGAUUCUUUUUACAAUCACCAUUUAGGGGCUGGGGAGCAAGUAUCUAUACUGCCAUCUAAAUGAGCUUUAGUGAUAUUGUACUGUAAUGACAUCAGUAUCAUGACUAUAAAUGGAAACUUAGCUAUUCAACAGAAACAGCUAAUGAACUUAUAGCUAAGAUGGUCCUUAAAAUAUUAAUAAUGAGUGAGAAAUGUUUCCUUAAUAGCUGAAACAAUGAUUUCAUGUGGUAACUUUGAGUUGUUUUGUGUUUGUGGUGACUAUCAAUUUUGUUUAGUUGCCUGAAAUAUUUUGUGUGUUUAAACGAUCAUCUGCCAUCAGCAUUUUGUGGUUUAUUUUAAUGUCAUGAAUUUGCUGCCAUGUGUAACAUUUGGGGAACAAAAAAUGAAAAGGAAAUUACAAUAUACCAUGCAGUUUUAACAAAGACAUUCUUUCUAAAUGUAUGUCUCUACUGUUUUGACAUUUGAGUUGUUUAUACUUUCUUGGCAGCAAAACUAUAUUUUCAGUCAUCUUCUUUGUUGUUUUCUUUGUUUUUACCCCCUAUAUUAUUCUAUUGUUUUCUUUCUCUCCUUGCUUCCUUUUUCAUUUUGUUCCGUUGGAAUGCAAUUCAGUCUAUGCCAUGGAAAUAAAUCGUAAGUCUAUCUGGGGAGCUGAUUAUCUCAUUUAGCUGAAUGUGUUCAUUAAUCUUUUCACUAGAUGUUAGAUCUUCACUAGACGUUUUAAUUAUAGGGUUCAUCUGAUAUUCAUGUGUGAGUUGUUUUGCUACCAAAAUAGUUUCAUCUGAAAAGAAGGUGAAAACUGUUGUAAUAUAUGUUGCACAUCAGAAAUUUUUGUCAAGCUUAUGUGAUUGCUAUGAUUUGUUUCUAGUAGAUUGCCAGUAAGGUGAUCAUUUUUAAAAAUUAUCAUGCACGAUUGUCAUGUUAUAAAUAAUUCCCUCCGAUUAUCUAGAUAUUGUAUUGGUGGCUUUUUUAGCAUUACUUUCAUUGGUCCACAUGAGUAAUAUUAUGAUUCAUUUGACUUCCCUUUUAUACUCUCCUUAAGAUAAAAUUAUGAUUGUGAAUAAUAAAGAAAGUUGGCAUAAGAAGAUGAGAAACUGAGAUUUUCUUCUCGAGAACAAGUUAAUAACUGUGUACAAUUUCACAACUUUUUUCAAGGGAAAAA